ACUGUGGCGCGAAACUUUUGACGAAAUGUCUUUCUGUCUGACCCGAGUGCAAGUAAAGUGGACGGGCACUAUCGAGCACCCCACGUGGAUCGAGAAUCAGGAGCUGCUGAUCAUACAAGGUUGGAGGACUAACGCGAAAGUAGAUCUUAUUGGAUUCCUCUUUGGAUCGGUACAACUGGGUCGCCGUCAGCUGAUUGCACAGGAGCUCAUCACACCGAUUGUAGAAUUGGCGGACGAUCUCUCGCCCGACAUCUACUUUCAGAGUGACGACAGUCCUGCUCCGUACAUUUUCGAGCGAUCCUUGGACCCGUACCUUCAGUGGACUUCGUGCUUGGAGGAACCUAGGGACGAGGAUACGCUACCAUCGCGGCAGGAGUAUUUGAAGCCGUACGAGAUCAUCCCUUACGCCUUCUACCCGAGGGCAGACGAAGUGGCAGAAGAAGUGGUGAUCGACGACGACGACAACGAAGAAGAAGACAACGACGAGGAAACAUCAGAGGAGGGAAGCCAUAGUGAACAUAGCGAGGGCGAGCUGAGUGAGGAGGAAGAGAAAGAAGAAGGAACCGGGUAUGAGAGGGAAGCCCCGCCGGAGGAAGCGAUGUGUACGGGAACGGAGGCGGAAGAUCCGGAAGCGGCGUGAAAGCGCGAAGAGAUUGCCUCUGGAAAGCGCUAGCUGGAGUCCGCUAGCGAAACCAGCCUGGGCAUCGGUAGCGAUCCGA